UUUUCAUUUUACUUGUCUUUUAAAGUUAUGAUAAUUAUAUUUCUCUAUCUAUACAGGUUGACAGGUAAACAUGCUGCUGUCAUUACCAGAUGAAUCUCUGCUAAUUGUUUUACGAUUUCUUCAUUAUAAAGAUUUAUCCAAUGUGUCUUGUGUGAAUCAGAGGUUCCAUAGACUAUGUAAGGAUGACUCACUUUGGUGCUGGCAAUGUGAACACUACUUCCUCAACUUACAGUGUGAGAAAGGAGAGACUUGGUAUGAACAUUUUAUAUCAUUGUACAAAGAAUAUGGUAGAUACAAAAAUUACAAGGAGAUACGGCAAGCCUGGAAUAAAAUUGAGGCAUUCUUAGAGAAGAACUGUCCAUCCAUACUAGCCACAUUACAAGAUGGAGUGUCGGAGGAGGAGUUGCGGGCAGUGGAGGAGCAUAUUCAACAUCCACUGCCGGAGGAUCUUAGAUUAUCAUACAGAAUACAUAAUGGUCAAGAUGUCUCAGCAAGAUCUCCAGGUUUAAUGGGAGGUUGCAUGAUAUCAACACAUAUCAGGACAGACUCUCUUGUAACUCUAGAUGAUGUGAAAAGUACAUACAAGAGUUUUGGACCACUAGCUGGUUGUGUGUUUCUGUCAGUAGAUAAAGUAUGUCAUGCUGCACAGAUAAUGGCUAUAUCAGAUCAGUAUGGUUACAAUCAGGAAACUGUUUACUCAUUCAUGCAUGAUCGUUCCAGAUCAACAGCUGACUGUUUUGUUGUGGGGUCAACAUUUCUGGAAUGGUUAUCUGAUUAUGCCAACAAGUUAGAACAAAACGCAUUCUAUGUUUUCCAUGAACAUAUUCUUAAAUUUUAUCACGAGCCUAGUUGUGUAGAUGGCAACAUUGGGAUAACUGUUAAACCAACAACAUGUUUUAUACCAGAACUAAGUAGAGCUGAGCCACCAACAAACUUCUUCGCUUAUAGAAUAAUAAUUGAGAUGGCUGAGGAUACACCAUCAGAUCUGUCGUGCCAGCUUAAAUCCAGGUACUGGCUCAUUAAAGAUGGGGACGGCAAGGAGGAAGAAGUCUCUGGUCCUGGUGUUGUUGGAGAGUACCCAGUGAUGAAACCAGGUGCCAACUUUGCUUGGAUCAGCUGCACUACAUUUGAAACUUCAACUGGAGAGAUGAAAGGUCAUUUUAUAUUCACCAAUCUCAGGACAGGAGAUGAAACAAUUGUUCCAUGUCCUCUGUUCCGUAUGACAGCACCUCCUUGUUUGACAGCUGCAGAAAGACGGGAAAUAGUGAAAUCUAGACAGAAUGAAAACGGAUGAAUGGAUGAUCCAUGUUUAUUUGGUUUACCAUAUACUUUCACAUAGUUCAUUGUGUGGCAAUUUACUAUAGCGUUUUCUCUUUUAUAGCAGAAAAAUUUAUAGCAGAAAAAUAAGUGUUAACUUUAAAGUCUUAGUACCAGUCUUGGUUGCUCAACUGGUUACCUAAAUAUUUUUUAGAAAACUACAUAAGUUUUUAUACACUUUAGUGGAUAAAAUCAAUCUUUGGCAAUCAUUGAAUGUUGCACAUUCAUAAACAAUCAUUUUUGAGAUUUUGUAGAAAAUAUUUGCUCAGGGAUAGCUGGACAUUUGUGCCCCAUUAGUUAAUUCAAUUUUAAAACUUAUACUGUACUGGUUUUAAAAUAGUUUGGGUACGGUCAGUAUGAUUACAAGUAAAAGCUUUGAUGAUAAUUAUAACUAACUGUAGAUUCAGAUAAAAUGUUUACAUGUAAAUCUCUCAACUGGUUUGUACAGUCUUGCUUUCACAUAAAGUGUGUUCAGUUUAUCUUGUACUGUGUGUUUACAGCUCAGUGCCCUGGCCGACCACAGUCACACAGCUCACAGGAUUAAGUGUGAUCAGGUCUGAUCAACAGUGUGUCUGUCUUUGAAGAUUACAUUUUACUGUCAUAUGCUUUAUAGUAUCUAAGAUAUUUUUCUUUGUCUUUUGUUCCAUAUAUAUUAUUGUGAUUGGACAAGUCUUUUGUGCUUAUUUUAAGCUCAGGUGAGCUUUUGUGAACACUAAAAGCAAUAUGUGUUGGCCAUCUGUUGUCCAUAUCCAUACUUUUUUUUAACAUUAUCUUCAUGUAAACCACAGGAUGGAUUUGACCAAACUUCACAGGAAUGAUUAUUAGGUGGUUUCUGCAAAAGUUCUGUAAACAGUGCAAGUCUUAUUACAUGAGGCCUCAUAGUUUAUUUAGCCUUAUCCCAUUGAAAGCAUAUUCAAAUAUCUUUACCUCCAAAAGCAUUUUAUAUUGGGUAUUUAGCAUCUCCUAUUUGUCCAUUUUAAAAAGUUUGCCCUUGGGGUCAAAGUUUGCACUUUUAAUUUGUAUAUUGGAAAACACAUUUAUGUCUACUUGUGUAAAACUACAAUACCUAUAACUUUUUAGAUAUUUGGCAUAUAGUAUUUCCUAGCGGACCACUACAAUUUAUAUAAUAAAAAUGACACUCCUAAUGUGACCUUUCACUUUCUUCUACAUUGAAGAAAGCAAUGUAUGUUAGGUGAACAAUCUAUGGACAUCAUAGUCCUCUUUUUAUGAUUGACAAUUUUUCUAGAAGCUCUGUUUUUUUACUUUUCCUUUAAACAUAUUUUUAUUCAUACAUGUAAAUAUUUGUUAAUUGGUAAUUUUCAUUUGUUUUGUUUUCAUAUAUUUAUUACUUGGCUAUUGUUUGAUUAUAAGAAGGCAGUCUUUAUUUCUACUUCAAUUAAACCAAUUUGUUCAGUCAAUGAAAUAAAGAUCAAAGUGUCAAUGAUUAUUUUUUAAGCCACUAGCUUACUCAAAACAGAAAUAUGCAACCAAGUUUAGAGGUACCUAACAGACUGUCACUUAUUGCUGAUUUGAAAGUCAAUUAUACCUGCCAAGUGUCACUUUAUUAUUAUUGUUUAAAGAAGAAACUAUGAAGAUGUGUUAUUAUGAAUAUUAAUUUAUUUAUACAUAGUAUACAAUUCAUGUUGAAAACAUACAUGACUAGGACAUUGUUAAAUUAUGAAUGCAAUACAUUGUAUAUGGAGAAAUACUGAAA